GGGCCACUUCCGGUCCGGCUCCGGCCACUUCCGGUCCCGCCGUCGCCAUCAUGAGCCUCUCCGCCCCCCGCAGUUCCGGCGAGGCGUCCCCCGACGAAGGAGUGGAAGAGGACGCCGCGGGGGUGAGGGACAAAGCGGUGGAGCUGCUAGCGGAGGGGUUGAUUGCCCACUACCUCCCCGAUCUGCACAGGUCCAAGCAGGCCCUGCAGGAGCUGACACAGAACCAAGUGGUGUUACUGGACACGCUAGAGCAGGAGAUUUCCAAAUUCAAGGAAUGCCAUGCCAUCCUGGACAUUAACGCUCUGUUUUCCGAGGCCAAGUACUACCACAGCAAGCUAGUGAACGUCAGGAAGGAGAUGCUUCUGCUCCACGAAAAGGCGGCCAAGUUAAAGAAACGAGCCCUCAAGCUGCAGCAGAGAAGGCAGAAAGAAGAACUGGAGCGAGAGCAGCAGAGGGAGAAGGAGUUUGAAAGAGAGAAGCAACUAACAGCCAAACUGGCCAAAAGAUGAGCCAAAAUAAUGACGUCCGCCUCUUUUUCCUUUGUUCUUCCCCCACGUCUUUCCCCGUCCCCGCCCCGGACCCUCUGGGCCUCCGACGUCUUAAUGAGCAGGUUGGACGUUGAAGCUUUUGCCGGAAUUUAGGAGUUUCUUCAGCCGGGGAGGAGACCUAAAAAAAAUAGCUUCUUUUUUUUC